CUGCAGUGGCUGCAGUGCUGUGCACCAGGCAGCCCUCUGAUCCCUGUUUUAUGGCUGAGAGGGGAGAGGGCUUAGUCCAGGUCACCCAGUCAGGAAGCAGCCUGUGAGUGUGCAGUGAGGAGGGCUCUGCCUGGCCUAAGGCCCAAUCCAUAAUCACAGUUCUGGAGCGCUGGGGCUAUUUCUGGUAAUCAAAGGGCUGCCUGUUCUGCUGACCUCUCAGCACAGGAAAUUCCAAGGUGGUUUUCCUUGUGGCUCCUCAGAUUCUGUCCCUGGAGGGGAUGGGAGGGGUCCAGGUACUCACCAGUCUAGGGAAGAUAGAACUGAAUAUCUCUUCCUGCCUGGGCCUUUCUGAUUGUUGAUGGGGGAGGGGUGGCAGUCACUGGGAGAGGCCAGAGCUGCUUUGGGCCUAAGUAGGCAUUUCCUGGGGCUAGUAGCCCUCAGCCUGCCCUUGAAAUGGUUCUGGCUCUGGCUCUGGCUGUGUAGCAGCCCCUAGGUGGUGUGGGGGAAAUUUGGGCCUGGUUUAGGGCGGGGACAAGAACAAGAACACUGGUUACCUUGUGCUGGAGAGGAGGGCUGAAGAAACUGGAUCCCAACCCCCUGGCCCCCUCCUUGGGUUACUCACUCACUCUUGGCUCGCCAUGGCUCAGUCCUGGGAGUUCCUCAUUGUCUUCAUCUUGCUGUCCGCCUCCCCAGAACCUAGUGUCGGAGGCCGCCCCAUGCCCAAACUGGCAGAUCGGAAGCUGUGUGCUGAUGCAGAAUGCAGCCGUAAGAGCGGGGCGGAGGGAGUUGGGGUUACCAGCCUGUGCUGUCAGGGGGUGCUGUCAUUCCCUUCUGUUGCUUCCCCAGAUCCCAUCUCCAUGGCUGUGGCCCUUCAGGACUACGUGGCCCCUGACUGCCGCUUCCUGAACAUACAGAGGGGUCAAGUGGUCUACGUGUUUUCCAAGUUGAAGGGCCGAGGGCGGCUCUUCUGGGGAGGCAGCGUUCAGGGCGAUUACUACGGAGACCUGGCCGCUCGCCUGGGCUACUUCCCCAGCAGCAUUGUCCGUGAGGACCAGACGUUGAAACCUGGCAAAGUCCAGGUGAAGACAGAUAAAUGGGAUUUCUACUGCCAGUGAGCUCAGCCUAUCACUGUUCCAGCUGUUUUUCCUCCCCGGUUUUAUGCAAAUACAUCAGCCAAGUGCAAAC